AUGAACGAAAAUAAAAAGUUGGAUAUCAUUCGGAGCAUGCUGCACACCCUACUGGGGGAUUCGGACAAAGAAAGAAAAGACGAAAAUGAUAUAGACGAGGAUGUAGCAGACGAAAAUAAUAAUCCACUGCACUGCCCCCCACGAGGUGACCACCGCAACGUUUGCAAUAACACAGAGAAGGAACAAAAGGAGAGAAACAAUUUGAAGAAAAAGUAUGUAGAGAAAUCCAAAGAAGUAAUAUCUUUUUACAGAAAUUACAUGAACAAGUCAGAACAAAAAGAGCUGGAAAAAUAUGCCAAUCUUUACGACAUCGUUUUAAAUAAUUCCUUCGAACAUACAGAAAGGGACAGCAUAGACACGUACAUGUAUUGUAACGUCUUCCCUAUGUUAAAAAAAACGUUUGACGCAUUCGUUGUCUAUGUAGCCAAAUUAAAUGAACACAAAUAUGAUGAAAGUUACACAAAAGUUAUAAAAAAUUUUGACCCAAUUUUAUUGUUCUCUCAAUAUAUUAUACGCUUGACGGAUGAAGACUUUUCGCAAAGUGAUAAGGAGAACAGUUUGUUUGAAGAGGAGCUUAGUGGAUGUUUCUCUCCAGGGGGAGAUUUCCAAAAGAAGGGAACUCUCGAAUUGGACAAACUUAUACAUGAUCAGUGCUUCGUUACCACUGGUGAGAUGCCCACCAAUGGAAUUGACCUUGACCCUACUCGUGGGAAAAAAAAAGACGCAGAAUUGACACAAGUGGAAAAAGAAAUUAACGAUUUUUACAACAACUAUGAUAUGGUGGAGGAAGAGAAUAAAUUGAAGAGGACGCAAAAAAGGAGGGACAUUUUGAAGUCCAUUUAUAGCAAGAAAAACGUCUUAACAGCUGAUGAAAUAGCCUUGUAUAAUUCCUACUAUGAGGAGCGUAUAAAAGUAAGGGGUAAGAAGGUGCUAACAGGUAGACGCGAUUCAUCACUCAUCCUGAACUUCGCUGCGACCAACUCGUUUGGAAAUGUCGCUGUGGCGCCUAAUGCGUUUAACAUAACUCUCGAUUUGGAGGAGGCGAGAGGGGGGAAAUGUGAUGAUGCAAAUAGUGGUGAACUCCAGGUUAAGGAGAAGGGUCACCCCAACGUGAACCCCCCUUGCGAUGACCACCCAGAUGGAGUGGGUGAAAACCUGGAUGAGCUAAUCAAACAACUGGAACGAAGAGAAAGCUCCUACUUCGAAAAGAGGAUCCACUUUGUGCUAGACAAAUGGGUGCGAGAAGAAGACGGACGCAGACUCAUAAUCAACCAAAAGGAUAAAAUAAAACUAAUCUUCGAUGAAUUUAAAAAGAAAAACUACACCAUCACAGAUAAAGACAUCAUUCCAUUGCUAUUCUUCAUAGACAAAAAAUUAUUUCUAAAUUAUACCCUUGUGCACCAGUACAAUUUUAACAACUUCCACUACAUAUUUUUUCUGCACUCAUCUUUCUACUGUUCCGAUACGAAUAGUAUUACGUUUGAAGAAUUGUGGACUUUCCUUGUUUCUAACUUGCCUCUAAAUUCCCACUUGUAUAAGGAAGACAUUUUAAUUGGGCUGGAGAAAUUUUACAGAAAAAAAAAAAUGGUCCGAAAUUUUCAGUUCACCAUUACUUUUGUGAAGAACUUCCUUCUCUUUCUACUUAUGGACAUGUUUUUAUUCCUUUCUCGUUUUGUCAAGCAGGAGUUAAGUCACCACCCCGUUGGGCCUCUUAGAGGAAGCGAGAACCUUGGGGGUAUUUCCCUAGCAGGCAAUUUUUACCUCCAUAUGGACUCCCUUUCGCCUUUUUUCUCCUCUUCGGAGGGUUCCUCCACUGAGACGUUUUCCUCCAUGGGGAAGUUUCGCUCAGUUUGUGCAUACCCCUCCGUGCAUCAAGACAGCAGCACCCAAGUAAUAGACGGGGGGGAUGUCCUCCCUGAGAACAACCCAUCCCAGAAAACACUUCCACCGUUUACCCCCAACGAAGAUGAACAACUGGAACACAAUCACAGUGAGAAUAAUCCACAAACGUUGCACACCGAGGGGUGCGUGAAAAGAAAUCUACUUCUCCACCUGCUGAUGCUCCUCUGGGGAAUCAACAUAAAGAUGGAUGGGCUGCAAGAGGAGGUUCUCAUUUCGGAUGAAUUGUCCACCGAUAUGGAGGGGGAAGCGGCGGACACGAUAGACACGGUGGAUGCGGUGGAUGUGGAUGACGCUCUUGGGCAGCCUGCCUUGGCGAAACCAUACGAAGACGCACCUGCUCCAGAGGGAGGCGGCAAACCGUUACACAGACGGGCCCACCAACAGAUUUACCCACAUAGCAAAAAGAACGCACACGAAUGCACCUGCAAAAGUGACGGGGAAAUAGCAAAAAAAGGAAUUCCGAACAGAUUUUCAAAAAGAGUUCCACCCCAAAAAAGGAGCCUGUCAACGGACGGAUGGAACAAACAGUACAGGUUGAAAAAAACAUCAGUGGAAGACGCAAUUAGAAGUAAGAAAAAAAUAAAUGAAGACGAAUUAGAAGAAGAAAAAAACAGGAAAGAAAAAAAACGCACUCACAAUAUGUAUACAUUACGAAAAAAAUAUAAAAAAAAAAAUUAUAAAAAAAAACUCUCCAUUUUGGUGCACUCUAUUGUUAAAAAUAUUAAGCCGAGGAAAAAAAAUUAUUACAAUAAGCUCCUUCAAAUGCUGAAUGGAGGUGCGAAGAAGAAAGUCUUUUGGGACCUUUUUCUUUUCCCAUUGGAGGGUUACGAUCAAUUUACCACAGAGCAUGAUAUAGGAUGGGCACUGCACGGUGUAGACAGCACCGCGACCAUGAGCACUGAUGGGCAUUCGACAUUCCGUGAAAACGCAAGCGGCGGGGGAAGUAACAACCAUUUAGGUGGUAGCUUAGACGGUCGCCACUCUUUCAGAAGCACCAAUUCAUUGACCACCCCCUGCGGAAUGCACACGUUUAAUGGAGGAGAAGGAGACCCCUCCAAAAUACCCUUCUUCCCAGAAGAUGAAAUUUUCCCGCAAGUGGAAAAUUUCAUUCAAACGUACAUCAAAAAGAAAAGGAAAAGGAAGUCUUCCGACGGGGAUCACAAAAUGGGGGACACAACAAUGGAGGAAGUAAAAUCAAGUGCUUCUUCCAAAAAAAGUAACGACUCAUCCAUCCGCCUCCUGUGCAGCUUCAGACUGUACAAAAAAAAAUUCCUCAAUAAAUUUACAACGGAGCAUAUCUACCUGCUACUCCUUUUUGUGUGUUACGUUAACAAAACCAUGGACUCCUUUUUCCUGCGGCGCGCAGGCACCAAGGGGAAAUGA